UCCUGGGAACCGGAAGUGGAGGCAUUCUGGGUAAUUCGCUGUUUACUUCCUGCGGCUGAGGAAUCUGUGGCCCAGUUCUUUGCUGUGCUUUUGUCGGAGAGGAUGGCCCUCGAGACGGUGCCGAAGGAUCUGCGGCAUCUGCGGGCUUGUUUGCUGUGUUCGCUGGUCAAGGUGUCCUUCGGGGAGCUGGUUGUAGGGGCGAUGGGGGGAAUCAAGACUAUAGACCAGUUUGAAUAUGAUGGUUGUGACAAUUGUGAUGCAUAUCUUCAGAUGAAGGGUAACCGGGAGAUGGUAUAUGACUGCACCAGCUCUUCCUUUGAUGGAAUCAUUGCAAUGAUGAGUCCAGAGGACAGUUGGGUCUCAAAGUGGCAGCGAGUCAGUAACUUUAAGCCAGGUGUGUAUGCAGUGUCGGUCACUGGUCGCCUUCCCCAAGGAAUCGUGCGAGAGCUAAAAAGUCGAGGAGUGGCCUACAAAUCCAGAGACACAGCCAUAAAGACCUAGCAAGAUACGUGGCUGCCAGCAUCUUUGCUCCCUGCCUUCUGCAUCCUCUUAUUUUUUGUUAUGGAACUAAAUGGACAGAACUUCAGAGACUUUCCCCCUCCAACUCUGAGACUCAGCAAACCGUUGAGAGAACAUGGCAUGUGUCUGAGCCAUUUUACCUUUGGACUGCUGGUGGGGGUGGGGUGGUUUGAGCUGGUGGAUUAACAGAGACUGGCUUGAAUGGGGGGUAGGAGACGUGUUUUUUGCCCUUACCCAUGAGUAGGACUCUGGGUCAGAUGCCAAUAAACAUGAACCCCUAGGAAAGUUCUUAAACCCA